AUGUUCAUAGAAAAUCAAAAAGAACAAUGUUCUGAGGGCUACGGACAGCAGGACCCGCAUCUAGCCCGCAACUGCGGCGACUGUCCAUCGUCACGCCCCACGCUACAGCUACAGAGGCGAGGAAAGGGAGAAGCUGCUCGACGGUUGCUGCCUCCUUGGAUAUUUGCUCACGAGAUUCAGAAUUUCGGCGCGUUGCAGACUCUGCAGCAGCAGGCAACCCUUGAGGCAGGAGCAGGUCGCGGUGUACGUACACCAGAGGGGAGCCUUCAUCCUCUGGCUGUCAAUGUAGUGGACAGUGAGACUGGUGAUUUCUUGGGUUGUGCUCUCUUCCACUCUCGACCACUGAUUGCAGCGCGCGUGCUGGAGGGCCUCUCUGCCUCUACGCCUUUAAACAUAGACUAUGUGAGGGAGAAGCUCAGCGAAGCAGCUGCGAGGAGACGUGGCUUGCCCCGAGAUGCACUGCAGCCAGCAGCAGCAGCAGCAGCUGCAGCAGCAGCACCAGCUGCUGCUGCUGCUGCUUCUGCCGCUGCUGCAGAUCGUGAGACGCAGAUAUGCAGCGGCUACUAUCGCCUCAUCAACGGGGAGAGUGAUGGACUCCCAGGGGUUGUUGUUGAUCUCUUCGGGAAUGCAGUGUCUAUACAGCAACUAACAAGAGGCAAGCAAUGGCUACACACCCGCUACCAGCAGGCGCUUGUUGCGGGCAGCGAGCUGCUGACUGCUCCGCUCGUUGCAGCCAUACAAGAGGCCCUGCGGCCUGCUGCUGUUGUGCUGCGAAACGAUAGCUUGCUGCGGGAGCUGGAGAGAGAUUUCUCUAUGAGUUCAUAUUCCACUCUCAUCAGUGGGGAGCUGAACGGCUUGCAGUGGAUUGAGGAGAGAGGCUGCUGCUUCCCUGUUGACCUUCUGAACAGCCCUGACACUGGCUGGUACUACGAUAGGCGGGAGGCGCGGGCUGCUGUGGCGCAGCUGUCAGGAGGGGGGCGGAUGCUGGAUCUGCAUUGCCACUCAGCAGCCUUCAGCAUUACCGCACUGCGGAGCGGGGCGGCACGUUGCUCUGUGUGUGUAGAUCUGUCGAGCGACUCGCUGCAGCUGGCAGCAGCAGCAGCAGCAGCGAACGGCAUGCAGCAGCAGCUGCUGCUGCAGCAAGCUGACGCACUGCAGUGGAUGCUGAACAGGGUAUACCAGCUGGCCCCGCAUGCAUCUCGCGCGGCUCCUAGCAGCUGCAGCGAUGCAGCCGCUGCAGCAGCAGGUGGCGGCCUGCAGCAGCAAGCUGAGGCGGCCGUAGAUGCCCAGUUCGACAUCAUCGUCAUAGAUCCGCCGCCUCCGCACCGACAAGGACUUGUGCCUGCUUUCACUGACAAGCUGCUGCAGCUUGCUGCUGCUGCUGCGCGGCUCCUCGCCGAUGGGGGACGGCUUGUUGUAGUUGAAAGCAGCAGAUUCAUACACCUCCAGCAGCUUAUGCAGAUACUCACAGAUGCAGUCACCGCAGCAGGAAGGACAGGAUCUGCGUUCGCAAGGGCUGCAGCAACCCUCGAGAUGCAUGGGGGCCCCACGUUGGAUUGUCCUCAGGAUCUGCGUUCGCAAGGCGUCUCGGGAAUGAACUGGGUUAUGCUGCAGCUUUCUUAG